CAAAAUCACCAAAACGCAAUCUCUCUCCUCUUCUCACUCUCUAAUUUUUUCAGUUAAUUUAUCGCUCUGUAUAUCUGUUAAUCGAUCGGAACCCUAGGGUUUUGGUCGAUCUGAACUCCUCAGAUCUUGGAAUUCGAACUCAGAUUCACUCCGAUCCGUAAGCAAAAAUGCCGUCAGUGUAUGGAGCCCGUUUAACCACGUUCGAGGACGAAGAGAAGGAGAGCGAGUAUGGCUACGUUCGUAAGGUGUCAGGACCGGUCGUCGUUGCUGAUGGCAUGGCCGGGGCUGCUAUGUACGAGCUUGUUCGUGUUGGACAUGACAACCUGAUUGGAGAAAUCAUUCGAUUGGAAGGAGAUUCUGCCACAAUCCAAGUUUAUGAAGAAACAGCUGGGUUGAUGGUGAACGAUCCUGUUCUACGUACACACAAACCCUUAUCAGUGGAGUUAGGACCUGGAAUUCUGGGAAAUAUUUUCGAUGGAAUUCAGAGACCUUUGAAAACUAUUGCAAAAAGAUCUGGUGAUGUCUACAUUCCACGAGGUGUGGCUGUUCCAGCUCUUGACAAAGACAUACUCUGGGAAUUUGAGCCUAAAAAACUUGGUGAAGGAGAUCUUCUCACCGGAGGAGACUUGUAUGCUACUGUCUUUGAGAACAGUCUCAUGGAGCAUCGUGUUGCUUUGCCUCCAGAUGCUAUGGGAAAGAUUUCUUACAUUGCACCAGCGGGUCAAUAUUCUCUGCAGGAUACAGUGCUAGAGCUGGAGUUCCAAGGAGUCACCAGGAAAAUUACCAUGCUUCAGACUUGGCCUGUACGUACACCAAGACCUGUUGCAUCAAAGCUUGCUGCUGAUACCCCUCUACUUACUGGGCAGCGUGUCCUUGAUGCACUUUUCCCCUCAGUUCUUGGUGGGACUUGUGCCAUUCCUGGGGCAUUUGGUUGUGGAAAAACUGUUAUUAGUCAAGCACUUUCAAAGUACUCUAACUCGGAUACGGUCGUUUAUGUUGGUUGUGGAGAACGAGGAAAUGAAAUGGCAGAAGUCCUUAUGGAUUUUCCGCAAUUGACAAUGACAUUGCCUGAUGGCCGUGAAGAAUCUGUCAUGAAGCGUACAACACUUGUAGCCAACACUUCUAAUAUGCCUGUGGCUGCUCGUGAGGCUUCUAUCUAUACCGGAAUCACUAUUGCUGAAUACUUUAGAGAUAUGGGCUACAAUGUUAGUAUGAUGGCUGAUUCAACAUCUAGAUGGGCAGAGGCAUUGCGUGAAAUUUCAGGACGGCUGGCUGAAAUGCCUGCAGAUAGUGGUUAUCCCGCUUAUCUGGCUGCACGUUUGGCCUCAUUUUAUGAACGUGCUGGUAAAGUUAAAUGUCUUGGUGGGCCAGAACGUACUGGUAGUGUGACAAUUGUUGGUGCUGUUUCUCCCCCAGGAGGAGAUUUCUCUGAUCCCGUCACAUCUGCAACCCUCAGUAUUGUCCAGGUCUUUUGGGGUUUGGAUAAGAAGCUUGCACAGAGGAAGCAUUUCCCUUCUGUGAACUGGCUCAUUUCCUACUCAAAAUACUCCACGGCAUUGGAGUCUUUCUAUGAGCAAUUUGAUCCAGAUUUUAUCAAUAUCAGGACCAAGGCACGAGAAGUGCUUCAGCGAGAAGAUGAUUUGAAUGAAAUUGUUCAACUUGUAGGAAAGGAUGCUUUAGCUGAAGGAGAUAAGAUCACCUUAGAGACAGCAAAACUUCUGAGGGAAGACUACCUUGCACAGAAUGCAUUUACCCCAUAUGACAAAUUUUGCCCAUUCUACAAGUCUGUUUGGAUGAUGCGCAACAUCAUUCAUUUCUAUAACUUGGCGAACCAGGCAGUAGAAAAGGGAGCUGGUAUGGAUGGUACAAAGAUUACUUACACCCUUAUCAAACAUAGGAUGGGAGAUCUCUUCUACCGUUUAGUGUCUCAAAAGUUUGAGGAUCCGGCAGAAGGAGAGUCAGUUCUUGUGGAGAAAUUCCAAAAGCUUUAUGAUGAUUUGACAAGUGGUUUCCGUGCCCUUGAGGAUGAAACUCGGUGAUUGUAGUUCGCAAAGGCUAUUUCACAUAGAUCGGAUUGGUGGGUGAGAAGAGAAUUCAUGUUAUUUAUAUUCUUUUUGUUGUGGAUCAAAGAAAGUCCGAAACAGAAGCUCUUUAGGUUUUUGUGACAGCCAGUUUGCUAUGCUCAUGGGGCAGUUGUGCUAGUUGGGUUGUGUAGCUCAAAUUCUUAUUUUGUAUCUCGAGCUUUCCCUUUUCCGAGAAUAAGAGAACAAACCCGAUUCCUUAUUUAUGUAUUUAUGCAAUAAGGCAUGUAUGAGUUGCUAUUUAAGUGAUUUAAAUGAUGUUAUAUGUUUGUUAUUAUA